GUUCCUGCUAUUCAGCAGAAAAGAACUGUAGCAUUUCUAAACCAGUUUGUGGUUCACACAGUGCAGUUUCUCAACCGCUUUUCUACUGUUUGUGAAGAGAAAUUGUCAGCGCUCUCUCUCCGUAUCCAACAAAUUGAAACAACACUCAAUAUUUUGGAUGCAAAGUUAUCCUCUAUUCCUGGCCUAGAAGAUGUCAAAUUUGAAGUGUCCAGUGCAAAUGCGAAUAGUGUUACAAAUGGUCCUGUGGCACAAGCUACUACGGAUCAACAGACAGCUGUGUCGCCUCAAUCUGGACAGAACAAUAUACAUGAAGAAGGGUUACAGAAAACGGAGGUAGUAACAGAAAACGUCAGAACUGUGGCCAAGGAUCCCAGAUAUGCCAGAUAUCUCAAAAUGGUACAAGUGGGUGUUCCUGUAAUGGCAAUACGAAACAAAAUGAUUUCUGAAGGGCUAAAUCCAGAUCUUCUUGAGACCCCAGAUGCCCCUGUGCCUGCCUGGGGAGAUGAUGGGAAUGCAGAAGACAGUUCUGAUAGUGAAUCUUCAUUUAGUGACUAAAGAGACUGAUUUCAGCCUUUGGAAACCUCUGUUAAGUGCUAAUGUGUUUGGAGCUUUAGCAGAUAACGGUUUUGCACCGGUCACAUGGGUGACGUGAUUUAUCUGACAGCAUUUUUAAGGACUAAGAUCCUCCAUGUUCUCUCCCAGAAAGUUCAAACAGGCAGCAUGUUUCAACGUGAACCUUUCCACCGUGAAAAUUAGUUGUGAGAUCCUUGCAAUUUUUAUGCUGCAACAUUUCAGAUUCCUUUCUGAUUCUUCUG